AUGUCCGAUAGGGGAUUUCAGAUCACUUAUACAACAUUACCCGGUGAGUAUAAACGUUCUGUUUUAUGGGAGUGUAAUGGUGAAAAUAUAGCAUUCAAUUUAUAAUAACUUAUCGAGCUUCAAUAUAAGUUUUAGUCUACUCACUAAUCAGCAUAAACCAAAAUUCAGGGUCACUUGUUUCUUAAUCUGACUUAUUGCUUGGAAGAAAAACAUAGGCCUCGAUAUUUUUGGGAAAGCUUUUCUGAUAAUUUUUUUUUACCACACAUAAUAAAUAUAUCAAUAUAUAAAAAACAUUAAAAUAUCAAACACAUACAAAAAUAUAUAAAAAAAAAUAUAAAAAUACUAAAAAUAUGAAAUAAUUUUGUAUCCAAAGAUAUAUAAUUUGAAAAGCGUAUCCAAAAAUAUUAAGUCAAGGCCAUAGUUGGCCGAGACUACCAAAUUUCAGCACCAUCUACACAAUUUUCAUCAAAUCUGAGUCUAUGUAGACUACUGAAUAUUACAUGGUGAACAAAUGAUAUCUAGCAAUGUACUUUUCAUUUAGGAAGUAGCUAUAUCUUCUUUCAUUUAAUGUUUUUUGUGGGUUUUAUUUAUUCCAGCUGAUCCUGGAUGCGGAGGGACCUUUAAUAACCCAGAAGGUUUUAUAACAUCUCCAUCAUGGCCUGAUGCUUACUCUGAGAGCAAACAAUGUGUUUAUAUUAUUAGGCAAUCGUCCAGUGACCACAUCAAUCUAAGAUUUACCAACCUGGAAUUGGAAAGUGAUGGUGGAUGUUCUCUAACAUACAUAGAGGUAUUGGACCUCCAGGCUUGCAAUGGAGAGCUAAUUUUAGUUCUGUCUAGAAAAAUAGGAAAUCACAUUUUUAACCAUGGCUUCAUCAUUAUUGCAUAGUUACAAAGUAAAAUGUUGUUAAAAUUACUUUUCAAAAUGUAAUAAAACGUUUCCCAUCUUGGAUUAAUUAUUAAUGGGAAAUAAAGAAUGUCAUCAUAGACUACGGAUUUUCAGAAAUAGAAUCCCUGUGUGAUGAUCAUUGCUGUCCUUUUGCAAGACAUCUAGUUAUGGGGAACAAAAUUAGUAGUUGUAAUAACUGUAUGGCGGCUGCAGUGAAGGAGUCUUGGCGUGGAAAUGAGGUAAUCUUUAUUUUACUUAAUUUAUUUAUCAGCAAAGGAUAGUGGAAAGUAAACACAAUGAUACAAAAGAACCUAUAGUCCCAAAAAAACUAUUGUUAUUUUUAUAAUUAUAGGUUCCCUUUCGUAGGUUAAAGAUAAAUAGAUUGUGGGCUUUUUUUGUUGUUUUUGUUUUCGCUUGACAUCUGACAUAUCCAAAUUUUGAAUUGAAGCCUCGUUUCUUCAUAAUAAACUGUAUGAAUGCUUCUGAAGCAUUGCUUUCCAUGGCAUAGAUCACUUUUAAAUAAACUGUUAGAUGCAAUCCAUAGUUAUGAGUAUAACAAUGAUAUUAUAAUAUUUAAUUAAAUAAAUUAAAAUUUUUCUUUGGUAGAACCCUCAUAGCUAUAAUGCCAUGUCUUACUGCAAGGUUAAAGUGCUGACAUUUACUAUAGAUAUCCUUUCUAUUAUUCAGAUAAAAGAUGGAGCUACAGAAACCGCUCCACUCAUCAACAAAUACUGUAACAGUUCGAUUCCGACUUCCAUCACAUCGAGUCAAAACGCAUUAUGGAUAAAAUUCAAGUCAGAUGCUUCUGCCACCAGGUCGAGUUUCAGAGCAUUAUAUCAAGUUGGUAAGGAUUGUCAUAUUAGAAAUAUAUAAUAUUUCCGAGCAAAAAUACAAGCACAUAGACAUUUAUUAGCCUUGAAAGAAUACAAUAAAUUCCCAGAGAUCAUCACUGUGAAAAAUAUAAUUUAUUAUUUAGGCGUCUGACCACCUGGAAUAUCCUAAGGACCUACAAAUUUUCUGGUUGAUCAUCAAACCUAAUCAUCUUUUAAUUUUGCAACUGGAACUGGUCUUGAUUAAAUGUACUACUUGGUGCUAAUUUUUAUUUAUUUUUUUAAAUAAAGGAGAGAGAAAAGUCAAUAUGCUAGUUGGAGUCACUAUCUUUUUCUGUGAACUCUGCAUUUUUACUCCAUCUGGGGGAACAUAGCAAUUUGUUCCUCCUUGAGAGGAUGAAUAGAAUGGUACUAUUGGGUAUAUGCCCCUUCUAUUCCUUCUCAGGGUAAUCAGCACUGAGUAUGUUUAAGAACCCCUUCUUUGUCUCUCGGGCCAGUAGGGUGAAAGGUAAAAAAAGGAAAUAAAAGUUGCUGAAAAUUAAUUACCUGUUUUUAGUACUUAAAGGCUAAUGAUUUGUCCAAUUUAAAGCAAUUAUUUAUCAAUACUUUAUUGUCUCUUUAGCAUGUGGUGGAAUGCUGUCUGGAAAAGGAGUAAUUAAAACUCCCCUUUAUCCCAAUGCUUACUUUCGUGAAAAGACCUGUGAAUGGGUUAUUACUCAACCAAUAGGAGACGCGGUUUUGAUUAAUUUUGAUUCAUUUAAUAUACAACCUGGUGCAGCCUGUAGCUCAAAUUAUGUUGAGGUAAGGUACAUUUUGUAUUAAACGAGCAAGCACUCCAUGAAUUUUGCAAAGUAAUGUAAUCACCGGAUCUACACACACGCAACAAAUUAACAUAAAUACGCACGUUAAUAAUGCAUACUUGGGAAUGUUAAUGGGUUAGUGUCCCAAGCAAUGUUGCUCUUUCUCUCACUAUAAAAAUUGAAGUUGAUUUACACAAAAAGCGAGGUUAGAACAUACCUGGAAAUGGUUAGGCUGAGUCCUAAAAUGGAUAGGGUUAUGUCAAGUUUACGUUGAUAAAGAUGAUAAAAAGUGGGAUAAAUUACAGAAUUCCAAGGUAUGGAUACAUGCAAACGGGAAAUGUUUACAGAACUCUCUGCCACUUGAAUACUGUAGCUUGUAUUUCAUCCUCAGUGAUGUUCACAUUCAUUGUAUAAUGUCAUUAGAAAGUAAUGUUGUGGUUAACUUGUAGGUAAGGGAUGGUCCUUCAGCAGACUCCACACUCAUCAGUAAAUACUGUGGUCCUGAGGUUCCUCCACCAGCUCAAUCUACACAGAGAGCCCUUUAUGUAAAAUUCACCACCGACUCCUCGGAAUAUAAUCAAGGGUUUUCAGCUUCAUUUAGCACAAUUAUUCAAGGUAAGUAUUGGGCUUAUCAGACUUUAAUGGUCUCAGUUUGUAUUAAUUUCCAUUAAAAUAAUUUCUAGGGGAGUGUGUAUAUAUAGAUUAUUAUACAUUUUCUUCACACAAAUUAUUCUUUCCCAACUACAAUUGGUUAAAAAACCUUCAUAUUCCUUUUAUUAAAGUAGGGACAUUUUAUUUUUCACUACAUGUUUAGAGAUAGAAAAUGUGUAUAUUCAAAGAAGUUGGUUAACUGUUUGUUAGCGCGCAUAACAAAUUGGCUGUAAUCUGGUUUUACCAUGAUUGUAAAUCAGAAUGUAAUCAAUCAACACUCCAAAAUGAAAUAUUUUCAGCAUGAAAAAAAACCUUUCAUAUUAUAGGUAUAGUAAUAGACAUUGUGAAAACUUAUGUUGAUAAUAUUGUCAAACUAAUCUAUAAUUUACUAAUUAUCUGGUUCACAAUAACAUACCAUUAGAUUAUGCAAUUACAUCUAGCUGGCAUAGACUAGAACCACGUUGUUAAACCACUAAGCCAGAGUUUCAUAAUGUCCCUGCCCAAGUACAGCAGAGUUAAUCAGUGGCUUAGUUAUUUCCAGUGUGACAUUUUAGAUCCGGUACUAUCUAUAUCAAUCUUAUUUUUCCCAGACCUAGCAUGAGUUCCAGUUUUAGACAUAUUGAAAACAAGUGCAAUUGUAUUGUACUGAACAUUUGCUCAUUAUUAACCUUUAAACUUGGUGAUUCUCAAUGACUAAACUUCAUCAUAUCUGGUAUCAGACAUAUUAAGGGGCUACUCCAACCACCAAGACCACUUCAGUGAUCAGGCGAUGAUUUACAAGCCCGAAGAAGUAGAGUUCCAAAGGUGUCACAAUGUAGGGUGAAGGCAAACAAAUAUUUAUUAGAGAUCAAAAAGGACAAACAAAGAUAAAAUGAUUAAGGCCUCUAGACCUUUUGUAUUUUUUUUUGUCCUUUUUGAACUCCAAUAAUUAAUUGUUUUGCCUUCACCCUACAUUGUGACGCCUGUGGAACUUUACUUCUUCGGGCUUGUAAAUCAUUGCCUGGUACUGGAUUGCAGAUAAAUAAAAAAUGAUUUUUUACAUGUUUUACUGCUAGCAUAGGGGUGAUCUAAUUAAUAGUGCCCUACACUGUUGGAGUAACCCUUCAAGUUACAAACUUACAUCUUACAUCAUCAUGAAACCCAACCAAUGACAGUAGAAUAAAAACAUGAUCACUUCAGAUGAAUAAUUUUGCUGGCAUUCUCUAAACCACCUUACAUGUCAAACUCCUUAGUAUGUUCACCCAAAGUCACUUCUCUGUUACAUCUACUUUUGGCAGGUUGUGGAGGUACAUUUACUGCUUCAGAAGGUGUCAUUGCCAGCCCUCGGUACCCAGAGGUGUAUCCUCAUGGUGUCAGCUGUACAUGGUUUGUCUCCAUCCAACCUGGAAAUUUUAUCCGUUUGACAUUUACAUCAUUUAACCUGGAGCAUUUUCAUGGGUGUGUAAAUGACUACCUGGAAGUAUAUGAUGGUAAUAUCGCUACAGAGAACAAGAUUGGAAGGUAUGUUUGCAUGCUUCCCUAAUGUGUUAUUGGAAAACAUAUUUGGGAAAUAGAAAUCACAGGAUUUUUUAAGUGGAUUAAUUUGCAAGGAAGGCGGUGUGAUUUAGAUACACAUUUUAAUUCUUCAAAUUCAAAAAUAAAUAUUUAAAGGACCACUAAAGUCACCCAGGCCACUUAAUCUCAAUGAAGGGGCCUGGGUGCACAGGUCCUGUAAAUGUAACCAUACAAGGUAAAACAGUGAAGGUUUGCAGAACUGUUAUAGUGACAGUCACUAGAGGCACUUGCGCUGCUUUAUGUUAAAUUUCAUGUGUUGGAAGCAGGAAAAAUGGGCAAACUAAAAGAUCUGAAUGAUUUUGACAAGGGCUAAAUAGUGAAAACUAAAAGACUGAACGAGAGCAUCUCCAAAUCUGCAAGUUUUGUGAGGUGUUCCCCGUAUGCAGUGGUUAGUACCUACUAGAAGUGGUGAGAGGAAAAACAGCCAGUGAACCUGCGUCAGGGUCAUGGGUGCCUCAGGCUCAUUGCUGCACAUGGGGAGCGAAAGCUAACCUGUCUGGUGUAAUCACACAGAAGAGUUACUGUAGCUCAAAUUGCUGAAAAACUUAAUGCUGGCCAUGAUAGAAAGAUGUCAAAACGCACAGUGUAUCGCAGUUAGGUGCAUAUGGGGCUGCGUAGCUGCAGACCGGUCAGAGUGCCCUUGUUGAUCCCUGUCAACUAGUGAAAUGGGGACAUGAGUGUUUAAACGAUUGCCUGGUCUGAUGAAUCACGUUUUCUUUUAGAUCAGGUGGAUGGCCAGGUGAGUUUGCAUCGUUUACCUUCUGAAGUGAUGGUAGCCAGAUGCACUAUGGGAAGAAACUAUGCCAACUGAGGCAGUGUUUGAUUUGUGCAAAAAUUUUCAGUGAAACCUUGAAUCCUGUCAUUCAUAGGGACGUUACUUUAACUUUAACAUGUACCACCUACCUAGAGAUUGUUGUAGACCACAUACACCGUUUCAUGGAAAUAGUGUUACCUUUCGGCAAUGAACCCUGCCACACUGCACAAAUUGUUCAGGAACAUGAUAAUGAGUUCAAGGUGUUACCUUGGCCUCCAAAUUCCCCAGAUCUCAAGCCGAUUGAGCAUCUGUGGGAUGUUCUGGAACAAUUCUAAUCCAUGGAUGACACACCACGCAGUUUGCAGGACUUAAAGGAUCUGCUGCUAAUGUCUUGGUGCCAGAUACCACAGGACACAUUGAGAGUUCUUGUGAAGUACAUGCCUCAAUGCAUCAGAGCAGUUUCGGCAGCAAGAUGGGGAUAUUCAUGAUAUUAGGCAGAUGGUUUUAAUGUUGUGGCUGAUCAGUAUAUCUUAUAACAUAAUGAUUAUAUUAUGAUAUCAAAUUGUCAGUGUUCCUCUAAGCCAAAUACACAAUUAAAAAAACUAUCUUUUGUUUUCAUCUUGCAGAUAUUGUGGCAGAUCUGUCCCCCCAACAAUAAACAGCAGUAACAAUAGGAUGGUUUUACUUUUUGUCACUGAUUCAGACAACGCUCUCGAGGGAUUCUCAGCCAACUAUAUAGCAGUGAAUGCAUCUACAGGUAAAAUGUGUUUUAUUUAUGAGGAUGUAUGUUGAUCUACUAAAGAUAAUAGAGUAAGAUCAGAUGUUAUUAUCUUUACAAAUGUUAUAUUUCUAAAUCUUAAAAGUUAAUAAAUAUUUUUAGUUAGCAUAACCCAGAUGAACAAGGUAAUGAAGUUCAGUUAUUGUGCGGACGAGGGCUACUUUAGAGCCCAACUAGAAUUUUGAAUUGGAUAAAAUUCAUGACUUGGGAAUGGCCAAAAUGUAGACCCCCUCCAGAAUUGCAAACGUAUGUCGUUCUAAAAAGUUUAAAUAAUGGCUGCUGAUACUCAAGAUAUGCUUAAAGGCACAACAUUUUCAGGAGUGGUUUCCCAAUUCAGUAAACAUUUGUGGGAAGAAUGUUGUGUUUAACAAAAAAGUGUGCUUAGUAUAAUAAAGCGUGAGUGCAAUGUGCGGAGUGUGAGUGCUGUGUGCAGAUUGUAUGUGUGUUACGUGCAAGGUGUGAGCACUGUGUGCGUGUUAUGUUUAGGGUGUGAGUUCUGUGUGCAGGGUGUGUGUUGUGUGCAGGGUGUGAGUGUUGUGUGCAAAGCUAGAGUACUGUGGGCUGGGUGUAAGUGAUGUUUGCAUAGUUUGAGUGCUGUGUGCAGGUUGUGUGUGUUAUGUGCAAGGUGUGAACGCUGUGUGCGUGUUAUCUGUAGGGUGUAAGUGCAGUGUGCAGGGUAUGAGUUAUUUGUGCAGUUUUGUGAGCAGAUUGUAAGUGAUGUGUGCAAAGUUUGAAUACUGUGCGCAGAUUGUAAGUGUUGUGUGCAUAGUUUGAAUGCUGGAAGUUUGUGCUUUGUGCAAGGUGUAAGUGCUGUGUGCAUAGUUUGAGUACUGACUCACUGAGUGCAAAGUGUUUGUGCUGUAAAUAUUGUAUAAGUGAUGUGUGCAUAGUUUGAGUGCUGGGUGUUUGUGUUGUGUGCGCAGUAUGUGCUGUAUGUAGGGUGUUUGUGACGUGUACAGAGUGUGAGUGCUGUGUUCAGGGUGCGUGCUCUAUGUGCACGGUUUUUGUGCUGUGUGCAGGGUGUGAGUGCUGUGUGCAGGGUUUAGUAGUGUAUGCAUGGUUUGUGUGUUGUGUGCAGGGUUUAGUAGUGUAUGCAUGGUUUGUGUGAUGUGUGCAGGGUUUAUAGUGUAUGUAUGGUUUGUGUGCUUAUAGCAGGGUUUAGUAGUGUAUGCAUGGUUUGUGUGCUGUGUGCAGGGAUUAGUAGUGUACGCAUGGUUUGUGUGCUGUGUGCAGGGUUUAGUAGUGUAUGCAUGGUUUGUGUGUUGUGUGCAGGGUUUAGUAGUGUAUGCAUGGUUUGUGUGCUGUGUGCAGGGUUUAUAGUGUAUGUAUGGUUUGUGUGCUGUGUGCAGGAUUUAGUAGUGUAUGCAUGGUUUGUGUGCUGUGUGCAGGUUGUGAGUGCUGUGAGCAGGGUUUAGUAGUGUAUGCAUGGUUUGUGUGCUGUGUGCAGGGUUUAGUAGUAUAUGCAUGGUUUGUGUGCUGUGUGCAGAGUUUAGUAGUGUAUGCAUGGUUUGUGUGCUGUGUGCAGGGUUUAGUAGUGUAUGCAUGGUUUGUGUGCUGUGUGCAGGGUUUAGUAGUGUAUGCAUGGUUUGUGCGCUGUGUGCAGGGUUUAGUAGUGUACGCAUGGUUUGUGCGCUGUGUGCAGGGUUUAGUAGUGUACGCAUGGUUUGA